AAACAAAUUGAACAUUUCGAAACUGUUUAAUGGAAAUUUCUUUUCCGAUAAUGUUAUUUGUUCAACCAAUGAUAUUUAUUAACAGGAGGAUGUAAAUCAUUAUCAUUACAUAAAAGCGCAGCCUUUAAAAUAAAUUGAAUGUGCUGAUUGUUACUAGUUGAUACGGAGUAGGCGUCAUCUUUAACGAAUAUAAUUUUUUUCUCAGUAGUGAUAAUGAAUUGUGAUAUCGCGGCAAAUAAACAUGGCGCUGAUUUGAUACUGGAGUCCUUUACUUCGGACAAGCCGCAAGCCUUGUCGCAAUUUGCACAAACUCGGAUAUUACAUUUUUCAUAUCUGCCCUCGGACAAGUCAAAUAAUUUGAGACACAGUGAUUGUAUUGUACAUAUUUCGAAAGGAAACGUGUAAUAAACCUGCACGUCAUACAUGUCAAAAUGGCACGGGAAUAUGAUCAUUUAUUUAAGCUUCUAAUAAUAGGUGAUAGUGGUGUAGGCAAAAGUUCAUUACUCUUACGAUUUGCUGACAAUACUUUUAAUGGCAGUUACAUAACAACAAUAGGAGUGGAUUUUAAAAUACAAACUGUGGAAAUAGAUGGUGAGAGGGUAAAACUCCAAAUUUGGGAUACAGCUGGGCAAGAACGUUUUCGGACAAUAACUUCAACUUACUACAGGGGCACACAUGGUGUUAUAGUUGUAUAUGAUGUGACUAGUGGUGAUUCCUUUGCUAAUGUUAAAAGAUGGUUGCAUGAAAUCGAACAAAAUUGUGAUGUGGUGAACAGGGUACUUGUAGGAAAUAAGAAUGAUGCACCCAAUGAUAAAGUGGUAUUAACAGAAGACGCACAAAGAUUUGCAAAUCAAAUGGGAAUUCAGUUGUUUGAAACUUCUGCUAAAGACAAUAUUAAUGUUCAAGAAAUGUUUAUGGCAAUAACGCGGCAAGUAUUGAGGACCAAGAAGGAGAAGAAGGAGCGACAAGCUGGACAACCCAACGAAACAGUGAAUUUAAGGAAAAACCCAAAACAACAUAAAAAGAAAUGUUGUUAACAGUAUUGUAUAAAAAUACAGUUUGUUGUUGGUACUGUUUGAUGCAAUGGCAGAAGUAAAUUAAAAGAAGCAGAGGGUAUGCGAUAAGAGAAAAAUGUACACAUAAUGUAAUACUAAUGUUUUUUUAAAACUAUUAAGUUUUAUAUUGAAAUUACAACAUCGAAUAGUGUAUUCUCAUAGAAGUAUACUUUGACUCUAGUUAACAUACAAUAUAUAUAGGAUGCAAAAAUUAUGAGUGUGCAGUGUUCAUUUAGCAAGAAUAAUUUAGCAAGCAAUAUAUUUUCGAACAUGCUACAUAUUCAGUGCAGUAUUAAAAAUCUAAAGGCCUAUUUGUACUAUUUAAUUAUACAAAAAGUAUUAGCACAAGAAGGGAAAUAAAAUAAAAUUAUAUAGUUGUUUCUUAUACAAGCUUUGCAUAAAUAUGAUAUAAUUUAUCAAAAGUAUGGUAUAAAAUGUAAUGUAAAAUGAUAUACAUUAUGCAAAUCUUUACCCAAAUUUUUUGAGCAGAUCAAGAAUGCUACAUAUUUAAGAUUUGUAUUAUUACAGAAAAAUUCUUUUUAACGAGUUACCAUAAGAGCUAAAUAUUGCUAAUACAUAAUAUUUAAUGUUUUACAACAAAAGAGGCGAUCGAUAUUAUUAGCAAGUCCAAAUAACUUUUAACGUAUUUUAUUGUCUUAAGGUUCCUGUGGUUUAACGAUGUUUUUUUGCACUCUAAAUUGAAUUAAAGUAAAUGAUAGAAAUUGUCUACGGUAUGACAGAGGCAAGCUUCUCAAUUGGCACAGAAAGGAUUACAUCGCAAGUUUCUUCGUACAUUACAAAUAGAUUAACAUAUUUGAUAAAAUUCAAACUUUUUCAAUAUAUUUUCACGGUAAUAAUACUUUUUAAGUACAAAUAGUGUUGUAAAAAUUUCCGUGCUAAUACAAUAAUAGGAAAAAAUGUAUGAUAUUUUAUCUAUAAGCAUUUUUAUAAACAUGGUAUGUGCGAUCUGUAUCUGUAAUAAUAUCACAGUUUAAAUUACAAUUCAUUAGCAUGCGUGAUGAAAGGAAACAAUCAUAUGGUAGUCUUUUAUGUUUGCGAACAUUUUGUUUAUCGAACAUUGCAAAACGUUUAAUAAGCGUGAUGUUUUCGUAACGGUAACAAUCUCAUAAAAAUUACUAACAAAAUUAUUUUUGUUCAAUAAGAAACUAAAAAACUUCGUUGUAGCAGGAAAGACGAACAUGUAAGUAUGUAAUAAUUUGUCAUGUUUGAUAAUAAACAUGAUAUGGUUAAUAUGCUAUAUAUGAUAUAAUAAUAUGAUAAAUGUCUUCUUUCCAUCUGUGAUAAUAGUUAGGAUAUCGACGCAGCUGCCGCUGUAAUACCGUCACGAAUAAGUCUAUGAAUUAUCAUAAUUGAUGUUGCUAAUUUUGGUCUGUACACCAUAUCUUUUUAACGAGACAAUGAUGCGGCAUCCUAUAACGUGUAAAUAUUCUACUUGCCAGUUUUAGUGGCAUAUCACAAGUAUUCUUAUCAAUUAUAUUCAAUAUUGUUUACUGUUAUACUUUAAAAUAUAAAUAAA